AUGGUCAGAGUACCAGAGCAGAGAAAUUUCACCCUCGUAUUACGACUGAAGGAUAUCUGCAGCCUUCCAACUAGCUAUCAAGUCUCGUUGCAAAGUGACGCUAGAUUGAUAGAUGCAGAAAGCAACCGAAGUAAAGGCAGUGAAUCAGAAGCCACAGCAGGUGACGGGGGAGUCGGCGGGACAGGAUUCCGGGUUCGAUGGAGUGCGAUACAUCCUCUGGCGCUGGCGGCUGCGGUCUUCUUCGUCGUCGUCGGCUUCAGGUCCAAGAAACUUGGGAGUCGCUUUUUCUUCCUUUGCGCUGAUGUCAGCAGCGUGAUGUCACGGGGUACGGAUAAAAGUGGCGCCUUGGCCGCAGUCACGUGGGUACUGGAGGGCUCCUUACGCACUUAA